AUGGAAAUCGCAGAAGAUGAGAUAGGUGACCGAAGAAGAGGGAGACGAGGGGUGAGGAUGAAGUCGUCAUCGUCUGCUCUGAUUAAACUCUUCAUUCUCACCGAUUUUACACACUCUCUCUCUCUCUCUCUCUCAAACUCUUCAUUCUCACCGAUUUUACACUCCCUCUCUCUCUCUCUCUCAAACUCUUCAUUCUUCGUGGUGUUAAUAGGUUCGAUAAUCAAUUUCCUCCUCCGUCGAUUUCCUCCGCCGACGCUGCCAUUAUGUCGGUAUCCUCCGCUACUUCCACGUCUUCUUCCUCCGCUACUUCCGCGAUUCCUCCCUCCGCUACUUCCGCGGUUCCUCCCUCCGCUAAAUCAGAUUCUUCUACUCGGGAUUUUAGUUUACUGCCUGAAUAAGCUCGGGAUGGAAUACCACUUCAACUUGGGGAAACUUAUUUUUGAUCGGCAUGCUUUUGUAGGAAAUCAUUCUAGCUAUUUGAAGGGCAGUCCGGAGCUUGAUAUAAUCAUGCGGUAUCUCUCUUUGAAGCAGAUGUGCCUUCGUAAGUUUACUCUCCGAGUAUCGCUUGGAGACCCCUACAAGGUGCCAUCAACAUUUUUUCAACUCAAACAUUUGACACAUGUAGAGCUGUUCAGUUGUGUCUUGAAGCCUGAUGAUGAUUUUUGCGGGUUUGAAAAUCUGACAAGCUUGAACUUGUUCAGAGUUCGUAUCAGUUUCAAUGGUCUUAUAUCUUUCCUCAAAAAUUGCAAGCGACUGACUAGCCUAAUUCUGAUGACACAUGAUGGAGACCUACAUGAACCUUCCACUUUUGGAUUUGAGGAGCUCGCUGCUUCUAUUCCGAACAUCAAACACCUUCAGUUGGGUUCUUGUCCAUUUCGGCUUCUUAGUGCAUGUGGUGGUCUAAGGGUGCAACACAGUUCAUUUAACAAACUUAAAUCUUUACGUUUAACUGGUGUGUGUUUUACAUUAAAUCUGGAUCUUCGAGGGAUUCAGUAUUUGGUGACAAACUCACUCGAAUUGGAGAAACUUGAGAUUAUGGAGUUUUGCCAAUUAAAAGAUAUGCCAGUGGGCGUCGUUGACCUGUCAUGUCACCCUCGGAAGAUGGUUUAUCUGAAUAAACUUCGUUCAGUGGAAAUUCAACGGUUUGACUGCUUUGGGAAAGGUGUUGAUUUAAUCAAGUUUAUAAUGAUAAGGUCGCCAAACCUCAAGUGA